AUGCGACUCGGCUAUCAUCCUGAAUGACUCACUGAAUGGAAGUACUGCUCCUCAGACUCCCGUACAGGACAGACAUAACUCGGAGCACUAAGUUGAGCACGCAAUUCAUGAGCUGUUGGGGCCAAGUGUAGUAGUAGUGAAGUGUCAGUCAGUGGAUUUAGCUGAACUUGUCGUCACACGGAGAUCAUGGACUUGUACUGUUGCGAAGUGACAGAGAACGAGUCAAGAGCUUACGAUGAUCCAACCUUGCUGCAAGAUAGAGUGCUCAAAAACCUCCUCAAGACGGAGGAUAGGUAUGUCUUGCCGUAUCCGUGUAGUUUCGCCAAUCAGAAGGAGGUUACGUAUGAAAUGAGGAAAAUUGUAUCCGAAUGGAUGAUGGAGGUCUGUGAAGAACAGAAAUGUCAAGACGAAGUCUUCUCCCUAGCAAUGAAUUAUAUGGACAGAUUUUUAAUGUGUUGUUCAAUAAUGAAAAAUCAAUUGCAGUUAUUAGGAACAGCGUGUAUGUUAUUAGCGUCUAAAUUAAGGGAAUGCAGUCCGUUAGCUGGUGAAACAUUAGUAUACUACACAGACCAUAGUAUUACGAAACAGCAGCUUUGGGUGAGUUGCAUGAAUAUUUUUAUUUUGUAG